UGCUAGGCCUAAGUGAUGUCACAGAUGGAUUGAGCUUGGUGGUGUCCAUCCCAACACAAUAGCAGAUGUCAUUAAAGAACGUCUACACAACUUUCUGUGAUUCAUUUGAAAGAGAAGACAUACAUAACUGUCAAUCUUUUUAACAUAAAUCUUGCUGGACAUGAACAGACAUGAACAGACGCACAUUGUUGGAAAGAAAGAUUAGAGCGAAAAAAUUUAAACUUUUUGCCCUGUGCAUCGCCUUCGUCACCCUAACCCACAUCGUCUACCAACGUGUUCAGUUUAAUGUUGUGCAAGAAGCAAAGAACGAGCCAAAUGAACGACGUUAUCAAAACCAAAACGAAGAGUUGAACAAAGAUUCUGAGAUCUACCAAAACAGAGUUCGGGCUCUAUCUCAUGUCUGCUCGACCACAUCAUCCAAUCACCACUACAAAUAUUUCUUCGACAAAGCCAACACGAUGGCGUACUGUCCGAUUGAAAAAGUGGGAUGCACCUACUGGAAGAAUAUCUUUCGAUAUAUCAACAAUGAAACAGGAGGAAACGUGUAUGAGAGUCCUUUUGAUAUACCCAGAAUGUUGACACACUCCUUGGCCUUUGAUAGUAUAAGGGUUGUGUACUUCGAUGAACCCUGGCCUGAACACCUGGACACAUCGCUGAGGUUUUUGUUUGUGCGAGAACCUUACAGCAGGCUGUGGUCAGCUUGGAUUGAUAAGUUUUGGCUUCCAGGGGAGUGGCCAAAUACAGGGAGACACAUCGCUCGCUUUUUGAAUAUAUCUGUUGAAUCUCAGAAAUGUUACGGAAACGCUACAUUCCAGCAGUUUUUAUUGUAUGUCACAAAUGACAAGUUUAGAGAGAAUCCUGACUUGUUAAACAACCACUGGAAACCUUACAGCCACCUCUGCGAUCCUUGUAGGUUCAAACCUCACAUCAUUGGGAAAAUGGAAACGUUUAGUACAGACACUCGGACUAUACUGAAAGAAUUAAAUCUGACUUGGAUUUUGAAUUUACCACGAAAAAGCUUCUUGAAUGAAAAGGAGAUCAAUACCGCACUAGACACAUCAGUACAAGAGAUAAAUCUGCUGACUAAGUCGAACUUUGAUUGGGGAGUAAUACUGAAAAAAUACGACAAGAAUUGCUUUGACGAUGUAGAUGUUUAUUACAGACUGUGGAAAGCUUUUCAAUAUAACGGACACCUUCCUCUUACUGCGUCUUUCCCAUUCACUGAAUAUGACCGCCAUAGCCUGACACCAGAAAUAUUCAUUCAAAAAUGUGAAGAGACAUACAGUGUCUGGAAAAAAGAGCCAGGUUACGCCCCUGCGGAUCAGAAGAAGAAGAUGAUGAUUCAAGCCUACAAAGGGGUUCCAAUGGAAGUUAUACAUAAACUUCAGUCUCUGUAUGCUUCAGAUUUUCAAAUGUUUCAAUAUGACAAGGAGCCAUCUUAUUUGUUUGGUGAUAGGCUUCAAUAGAGACUUUGAAACGUUGUAUUAGCGUAGAGAAAAAUAAUAGUUAACAUGAUAAAUUUGCAAAGUGGCAGGCAAUUAGUAUUUUGUAAUCACGGUACGCUUAGAUAACUUAGUAUCGGUCUUCACAAAUUUUAAACUAAUUCUAAAGACAUAAAGUUUUGGUAAAAAUGUGCACACCAAAGACUUAUAUAUGCUACUAGACUGAAAACCGUAAAUAUCCGCGACUGAACAUUUUGUACAAAGUUAGAUCAAGGCGUUGAUUUGUAAAGUAGUUAAAAGAAGUAAAGUUGUUUUUUUUCAACCCUAACCUAUGUAACACAUAAUUUUAUUUUAUAGAUCUAGAUCUAAGUACGUGACAGUCAUAAAUUGUAUUAAACUGCCCGUCUGUCUGUCUGGUAAAAAGUGUGUACACGUUAUUUCUCCCACACCCAAUCUCGGAUCAAGCUGAAAUUGUGUGCAAUUAUUUCUUUUACCUGACAACACAAGAAUCAAUUGAAAAAUAAAUUAAUUAAGUAUUGGUAAUUAAUUAUUUGAAGACUCUUGAGCUCUAAUGAACAUUUUUUUAUGCUUUAAAAACAAAAUGAUCAACUAAACCUUCACAAGAUACCACCUUGACCUUCCCGCUUUCACAACUGGGUCCAGACAAGUGAUCGGAUCAUAGCGCGUUGAGUAAGCUAAAAGCUUAAAAAAAAUAAUUGGUAAAAAUAUUUCUAAUCGCACAGAUUUAUUAUGUAGAGUCUGGUAUUGGGCAUAACUAUAAGACAGAUCCAAACUAAUUGAUACAAUUACAUUUAAUAUUAGGGUUUUUUUUUGUUUUUUUUUUGUAAAGGCUGCACAGAAAGGAAAUUUUUUCCCAAAAUGUUUAACAUGGUAGUUUAUACAGUGCCGGGCCUUCUGUGUACACAGGUAACUAUGUUAACUCUUUCUCUCCGAAAUUAUUUUUUUCUCAUUCCGAUAGUAUUAUUCGUUUUGCUCAUUUGUAUUUCACUCUCCUGUUAGGGUUAAACUUCAAUCACUUUGUUGCUCGUUAUCAGAAAAUGUUAUAUUUGGUAUCAAAUUAUAGGAGAAUGCAUGUUAUUAUUGCACAACACAAAUUAAAUUUAAAAAAUAAAAAAAAAACAUUAAUUUAAUGGGGGUCAAAUGAACGUUGACAUCGUCAAUUAGGAGAGAAAGAGUUAAAUUCCACACCCCCUUUAAAAAAAAAUUCAAAUAACCUUUUUUUUUCUUUUUGGCGGCACUCUUAUGAUAAAAAGCCUCUAUUAGCUUUGUCUUUAUGUUUGUCACCUGUCACGUUUAGGUAAAAAAAUUGCAAAAUACCUCCAUUGUUGAUAUGAUCAUUCAUCCAUCACGAACUGCCAGAUUUCCCUUGAUCCGUGAAGUUCUUAAUCUUAAUCAACCGUCUUGGUGUGUUCUUUGACUAUUUCGUUCACACGUCAGCUAUGCAAGAGACUCCAGCUGCGUCGAUAGUGCCGAUCAAUAUUUUACUACGGAAUUCGUCCCUUUGAAAACUUAUAUAUAUAAAUAAUGAGAACCUUAUGUCUCCUGCAGACUGACAAUAUUAGAAAUGUCAAGCUUUAAAAUAGCCAAAGUAAGGCUAAAAUCUCUUCUAGUGGCUACAUCCAGUCUAUUUCUUUGCCUAAACUAUUAAGCUUGUUACGCACUAAAUACAGUUAAACCAUGUAUGUUGGUGGAAAAGCUAAAAAUAAUUUCAUUUUCGAUUACAGUUUGAGAAUUUCACUGGAACAUUUAAAUGCAGCCAUUCCUCUGUGGUGCCCCCUAUGUUAACAUUUUUUUUACUGAAGCCAUAAUUUUGUUAAUUCUUUUUUUUUCUGCCACUUAAUUUGAACAUCAGUGACAGAUUUUUAAAAAUGUCUUAUAUAUAUAUAUAUAUAUAUUAUUUAUUACAUCCUAGACGUGAGUCGUCAUUUCUUCGUAAAGCAUUGUUAGAUGAAUUGCAUCGAUUUCCAUGUCCUUAUGCAGUAGGCCUAAUUCAGUUGUCAACUAACAAGUUAUGUGACAUUGUAAAACCCUUUAACCAUCAUCACUCCUUUGGGUUCCUCAAGGAACUUAGGGCCUCGACAAAAACACGCCACCCUCCACGGUCUCUUGCUAGUUUUUUUAAUGGCUUCCCAGCUCUUCCCGGUCCUCUCGGCUUCUUCAAGUAAACCAUUUAAAAUAGAUUUAAUAUCUCAAUAAAAGAGAAAAUGAUUUAGUCAAUGAAAGCUCAUUCAUUCCAUGCAGUUGUAGGUUGGUUUCAUUCCUUUGAGUUAGAUGCCUACCAUGUAAAACUAAUCUUUUAUUAGUCUUCUUUAAGUCAUUACUCAUCCAAAUCACAAAAAAGAUUACACUUACUAUAAGCUAUCCCGAGAAGACCAAUGUCUAAUCUUUCGACUCAGGAGCGGACACAACAGAAUGCGACAUCACAUGUACCGGAAGCUCAAAAUUGGAACCAGUGAAAUCUGCCCAUGUGGAGUAUCACCAGAGAAUGCUGACCACGUCCUCCAAAACUGCUCUCUUUACCAAGAGGCCCGUAUAAGACACUGGCCCCAAAACAUCCCAAUAGAAAGAAAACUAUAUGGAGAGCUUCCUGAUUUGGAAACCACUGCGUAGUUCAUCUCAUGUAUUGGUCUAGUGAAGCGGUUCUCAACCUUUUAUGCUCGGCGACCCCUUUUUACAAUCCCCCACUUAGCCACGACCCCCCCCCCCGCACACACACAUCAAUUAAAGAAUAGACAACAAUCCAUUUUUUCAAUGAUCUUUGGCGACCCCUGGCAAAUCGUCAAUCGACCCAAAAGGGGUCGCGACCCACAUGUUGAGAACCUCUGGUCUAGUGUGACAAGAGGGACAAUAAGGGUGGUUACCUUUAUUUUUAUAUUAGAGUUAGUCCCCUUUAUAACUUGAUUUAAGUCCCUAUUAACUGUGUACAAUUGCCACUUCCUCUUGAGUCUUUGAGCUGACCACUGUACGUUAUUGUGAACUAAAUCUCCAUAAUGUUUAUAUAAUAGUUUUGUUGUUCUGUUCUGACUGUGUUAAUCAAGAGGAGUGUGCCACUUUAUGGGAAUGUAUUUUUCAAUAACGGGCUAAGUAGACUUUAUUUAUUUGUUGUUAAUAAGUUGGUUUAUGUAAAUAUUAUGUCUACUUAGUCUCUUAUCCUUUCCUGUAUGUGUUUUUUAUAAAGACCAGAUUUGGGUCGUAUAGUAUGUAAAAGACAAACUUUUGUCUUGAUAAGAGACAGUUGUGUGUCUCAUGGAUGACUGUCAUUUGACUGUUAGGACCUGUAUUAUAUUAUUGUAAUUCAUUGUUUGUUUUGAGCUGAGACACUAUUGUGCCUCUGUGAUGGCAGUUCUAUAAUGGUGUUGAACUGAACCGGCCCUACUAUUUUGAUUUUUUUCUUCAUUAUUUGACUUACCUUUGUUGGCCCUUAUGCCCAUUUUCUUUUAAUAAUCUUUUUCUUUUGUUCCUAAAUAAACUCUUUAUUAGUUGUA